AUGACAACCCAAAACGCAGACAUAACAAGGUUUUCAAGCUGUCGUGGGGUUUCAUUUGAGAUCCAUACCCAUUCCAGUCCCUUCGCAGUCCCCGCCCGGCUCAACGAUGCCAACCAACCUCCCUACCGCUGGCUCCGCCUGCCAUGGACAUUGGGAAACUCCGUCAAGAUAUUCCCCGCGCAAGUUAACAGUAUAUCAUCACUCAGCCGUUCGAGCAGUCACUUUUGUGACGUCGAAAGAGAUGAUGAAGACGAGAAGCACGGGCCUCUGCCUAUCUUCCAGGAGGUUUCCAACGACCUCGAGAAGCAACAGCCCGGGCAAGCACUGGAGCCGCGCGAGCAGCACACAGGUGACAAGGGGGAUCGUUCCGUCACACCCGUGAAGACCAACGAAUCGAGGUUGUCGAUAAUACUUCUCGACCAGGGUCUCUUCACCGUAUACAAGAGGCUCUUCGCCGUAUUCUUUACCGUCAACAUGGCUGCCCUCGUUCUGGCGAUCGCCGGGAACUUCUCCUACGCCGAGCGGAAGGCUGCGACCUUCGCCAUCUACAAUGUGCUCGUCCUCACUCUGUGCCGGAGCGAGGCCUUCCUCCGGCUCGUUUUCUGGUGCUCCGUGAAGGCCUUGGGAAGGCCGUGGGUGCCUCUCCGGAUGAAGACGGCCACCACCUCGUUUCUCCAGUCCGUCGGCGGCAUCCACAGCAGCUGCGGCGUGUCCUCCGUGGCUUGGCUGAUCUACGCCCUGGUACGGACCCUCAAACACCGUCAUAACGCGUCUCCCGAGAUCAUAGCCGUAGCAUCCGCCAUCCUAUCGCUGCUCUUCGUCUCCUGCCUGGUGUCGUUCCCCCUGGUUCGCCACCUCCACCACAACGUCUUCGAGCGAACCCACCGAUUCGCCGGAUGGACGGCGCUGGCUCUUCUGUGGGUAUUCGUCGUGCUCACUGCCGGUUAUGAUCCCAAAUCAGAAUCAUACGACAAGCUCAACGCUUCAAGGUUGGCGAAGCAACAGGAGAUCUGGUUGACCCUGCUCGUAACCCUUCUGACCGUCCUCCCAUGGGUCACCGUGAAACGAGUAUCCGUGUCGGUGGCCUCUCCUUCCGGCCACGCCUCCAUCAUUAAAUUUGCGGGCGGCGUGAAAGCCGGACUUCUGGGCAGAAUCAGCCGUUCUCCGCUGUCCGAGUGGCACGCCUUCGCAAUCAUAUCCGACAACAAGGAGGGCCACAUGAUGCUGGCCGGAGCGGUGGGCGACUUCACCAGGGGGCUGGUGUCCGAUCCUCCGAGCCACCUCUGGGUCCGCGGGGUGCACUUCGCGGGACUGCCGUAUUUGGUGCAUAUGUACAACAGGGCGGUGCUGGUGGCCACCGGCUCCGGCAUCGCCGUGUUCCUCUCGUUCCUGUUGCAGCCGUGCGCCGCCGAAGUGUGCGUCGUUUGGGUGACUAAGUCGGUGGAUCAGAACUUCGGCUCGGAGAUCAAGGAGAUGAUGAGCGGGCAUCCGGCAGGGAAGGUGAUCAUCCACGACACGGCCGUAUCCGGCCGUCCGAACGUGGCCGAGUUGGCCGUUGAGACGGCGAAGAAAUGGAAGGCGGAAGUGGUGGUGGUGACAAGCAACCCCCAGGGCAGCAGGGACGUCGUCGAUGCAUGUAGAGGUGAAGGCAUCGCGGCAUUCGGGCCGAUCUGGGACUCGUGA